AUGCUGCAUGAAUGUGGCACCCGUGGUCAUGGCACUAUUGGUCGUAGCGCCCGUGGUCGUGGUGCUCGUGGACGAGGCACCCGAGUUACCCAUCCCGCUCCCGUUGUUGAGGAUCCGAUUCUUGAGGUCCCGAUCCGGCCUAUUCCUCUAGUUGAGCCCGUAGCGCCCGUACCUCCAGUUGCUCCGGUUCCCCCACCUAUUCCCCCUCCUCAACCUGCUGUUCCAGUUUCAGAGGCUCCUGCUCCGCCGGUCGCAUCCAUGCCUCCGCCUGAGACCCGUCAGCCAUCUGUCGCUGAGGGAGGCGCCUGUCCCUCUGAGCGUGCUGCUGCUGCUGCUAUCACUGAGGUGGUCGAAAUUGCUGCCUCUACUGCUGCGGUCUCGAAGGCUGGUGCUGAUGCUGCUGCUAAGGUGGCCACGGGGGUGGGGGCUGCUGUCGCUGCUUCUGUGGGGGUCUCUACUACUACUAUGGUGGAGGUUGCUAUGGACCUCUCGGCUGUUGCUGCUGGUGGGAGUGAGGACAUUCCCACAUACAGUGCCCCGUCACACCACACCUAA